AUGUUCAUCUGUCGUGCGUAUGGAAAAGAGGUGUGUCACGUACAAUCGGCUCAGUCAGACAUGUCUGCCAGCAUUGAUCCCCCUUCUAUGCGUAGUGAGCUCAUUAAAGAAGUUUCGUCUGUAUUGGGAAGUGCAGCGGCAGCGGAGAUUUUCAUCAAUUUCCUGGUGUCGACCACGUAUUCUCGUCCCGGUGGAACACCGUUGUGUUUUUUACCUUUGAACAUUGUCGGUGUUACUGAUCCUGAAAUAGCUCAUCAAAUAAUUGAAAUGGUGCAACACUUGAUGCCAAAGGUGAAAGUGCUGACGCUCACUCCUGAACUGCUUUCAAAAACUCGUUUCGCACCGGUGAAAAACUACGAGUCCGAUAUCCUGCAUCAAGGUGAAUUGCAACUGAGCAACGGCACCGUUCUCAUCAUUGAUGAGACUCAACUACCAACUGGUUCCUUCCCUGUCAGCGGUUUCGUUGAGGAGAACCUGAAGGUGUUAGAGGAGCUGCUUGUUGAACACAGAAUGUCGUAUGACUACGGGUUUUACAAAAUUCCUAUGGACAUUGAUUACAAUGUUUUGAUACUCUCAGAAAAGGAAUCAAGAUUUUUCAAGACUCCGUACCGCAUUCCCGUAGAACCAUCUUGUUCAAAGUUAUCUCUGGGAAACGUGGAAAACAAACGAGAGUUUUUGCAACGAAGUCGAAAUGGCGUAAGCUCUAUAUCAAUGACGGAUGACGUUUCCAAGAAAGUACAGGACAGCUUUGUGAACAUGUGCGCUUCAUUAGAUGCAAAAGCUGAUAAGGCGGCCUUGCUCAAUGAGAUGUUGAUCUUGUCGAGACUGGUUGCUUCUUCAAAUGGUAGCCCAAGUGUGGAGUUUGAGCACUGGGAGCACGCAGUUCGAAUCUCGUCAGCGAACUCAUCUGCAAUGUCAAGAUGGAGAUCUCAGUAG